GCUGUAACUAUGGGAUUGUUUAUUAAAACCUUUGGACCCAUAUUGGUGAUCCUCGGUGUGCUGGUGACAUUCUCCCUUGCCGAUUCUGUUCGGUUCCAGCCGACGGUCGCUGCAGCACCCACUUAUACACACCGCCAUUUUUAAUGCAGGAACGUGUGCAUUUGGAUUGUACACUUUCAGUGCCAUUAAAUGUAUGUAUGUAUGUAAAUGUGUAUGGAUUAUUUCUGGGGUAUAUGGAUGUAAUUUAGUGUCACUUUACAGAUA